GUCUGGGUCUUGGUCCCUCCACAGUCCCGGCUUGCGCUCGGUACUCCGGCCCCCAGUUGGUGCCUGGGGAUCACUCGCCCUUCCUAAGUGCUGGUACCCCAGAACUGGCCCUCUUGCAGAGUGCUGGGAACUCGUAGGUCCCUGCGCAUAAACUUUCUCUGGCGUGUACCUGCCUAGGCACAGGAGCGCUGGCCGCCGGGGGGCGCAGGCUCUGCACUGUAGGAUUUGGCUGGCUCCGAUUCAGUCACGGAACGGGACAGCGUUGCCUCGUUCAGGAGGAGAAAGGGAAGAGUACCACGGACAGUCCCCACUGGCCUGAGUCCCUAAGAAGCGGGUUUAAUUUGCGACUGCCCUUCUCCUUCAGUGUCAUCAGGGCCCCGGAAUCCGCUUGCUACCGCGAGGGUCCCAGCUUCUCCGAAACGGGGACCAACCGGUGACGCUCGCUGCAGGCAGAGAGGGCGAGCUGCGCGGGCGGAAGGGAGGUGGUGUCUUGUCGGAUCUUACUGGGACUCAGUUCCCCAGCUCCAGUGGCGGGUGCCCAACUCCUGGUGCUACCCGCUCGGGGCCAGUGGAUGGCGGUGUAGGCGCUUUUAGCACGGCUUCCCGUUCCUGGGACCCAGCCCUGGGCGCUCUAUGAACUCAGCAGGGAAGCCGCGGGGCUGGGCAUUCCCAGGGAACCUGUUUCAGUAAUUCAUAAAGUGGAGCUUUCCUCCAGCGGGAAACUUCCGAGAACGAUGGGCUGCAAAGACUGACUCCUGCACACAACCUCGACGACUGACACUUGCACAACUGUGGCUUCUAGUUUUUAUUUAUUUUUUAUUUAAAGUAACAUUGAUGGAAGCAAAACUCUGCAAACGAACAUCAGACUGCUACCAGAAAGGGGGUGAAGUCAGAACUUACUAGUCUUGGGAGCUGAUGACAAUAACAUGGGCGAUGGCUGCUCUCAGAAGCUGGCGACUUCUAACCUCCUCCGGUUCCUACUGCUGAUCCUGAUUCCAUGUAUCUGUGCUGUCGUUCUCUUGCUGGUGAUCCUGCUUUCCUAUGUUGGAACAUUACAAAAAGCCUAUUUUAAAUCAAAUGGGAGUGAACCUUUGGUCACUGAUGGUGAAGUACAAAGGUCCGAUAUUAUUCUUAUAAACACAGUUUAUAACCAGAGCACUUUGGUGUCUACUGCACAUCCCGAACAGCACAUUCCAGCCUGGACUACAGAUGUUUCUCUCCCAAAGGACCAAAGUCACAGGAAUACAAGUGCCUGCAUGAACAUCACCCACAGCCAAUGUCAAAUGCUGCCCUACCAUGCCACGCUGACACCUCUCCUCUCAGUUGUCAGAAACAUGGAAGUGGAGAAGUUCCUCAAGUUUUUCACAUAUCUCCAUCGCCUCAGUUGCUAUCAACAUAUCAUGCUGUUUGGCUGUAGCCUCGCCUUCCCUGAGUGCAUCACUGAUGGCGAUGACAGUCAUGGACUCCUGCCCUGUAGGUCCUUCUGUGAGGCUGCAAAAGAAGGCUGUGAAUCAGUCCUGGGGAUGGUGAAUUAUUCCUGGCCAGAUUUCCUCAAAUGCUCCCAGUUUAGAAAUGAAACUGAAAGCAGCAACGUCAGCAGAAUUUGCUUCUCACUGCAGCAGGAAAACGGAAAGCAAUUGCUCUGUGGAGGGGGUGAGAGCUUUCUGUGUGCCAGUGGAAUCUGCAUCCCCAGGAAACUGCAAUGUAAUGGCUACAAUGACUGUGACGACUGGAGUGACGAGGCUCAUUGCAACUGCAGUGAGAAUCUGUUUCACUGUCACACAGGCAAGUGCCUUAACUACAGCCUUGUAUGUGAUGGAUAUGAUGACUGUGGGGAUUUGAGUGAUGAGCAAAACUGUGAUUGCAGUGCCACAUCAGAGCAUCGCUGCGGGGAUGGGCGCUGCAUCACCAUGGAGUGGGUGUGUGAUGGUGACCACGACUGUGUGGAUAAGUCCGAUGAGGUCAACUGCUCCUGUCACAGCCAGGGUCUCGUGGAAUGCAGAAAUGGACAGUGUAUCCCCAGCACGUUUCAAUGUGAUGGCGACGAGGACUGCAAGGAUGGGAGUGAUGAGGCGAACUGCAGUGGCAGUCAGACACCAUGUCAAGAAGGAGACCAAAGAUGCCUCUACAAUCCCUGCCUUGAUUCAUGUGGUGGUAGCUCUCUCUGUGACCCAAACAACAGUCAGAAUAACUGUAGUCAAUGUGAACCAAUUUCAUUGGAACUCUGCAUGAAUUUGCCCUACAACCACACAAGUUAUCCAAAUUACCUUGGCCACAGGACUCAAAAGGAAGCAUCCGUCAGCUGGGAGUCUUCUCUUUUCCCCGCACUUGUUCAAACCAACUGUUAUAAAUACCUCAUGUUCUUUGCUUGCACCAUUUUGGUACCAAAGUGUGAUGUAAAUACAGGCGAGCGUAUCCCACCUUGCAGAGCAUUGUGUGAGCAUUCCAAAGAACGCUGUGAGUCUGUUCUUGGGAUUGUGGGCCUACAGUGGCCUGAAGACACAGAUUGCAGUCAAUUUCCAGAGGAAAAUUCAGACAAUCAAACCUGCCUGAUGCCUGAUGAAUAUGUGGAAGAAUGCUCACCUAGUCAUUUCAAGUGCCACUCAGGGCGGUGUGUUCUGGCUUCCAGAAGAUGUGAUGGACAGGCCGACUGUGACGAUGACAGUGAUGAGGAAAACUGUGGUUGUAAAGAGAGAGAUCUUUGGGAAUGUCCAUCCAAUAAACAAUGUUUGAAGCACACAGUGAUCUGCGAUGGGUUCCCAGACUGCCCUGAUAACAUGGAUGAAAAAAACUGCUCAUUUUGCCAAGAUGAUGAGCUAGAAUGUGCUAACCAUGCGUGUGUGUCACGUCACCUGUGGUGUGACGGCGAAGCCGACUGUUCAGACAGUUCAGAUGAAUGGGACUGUGUGACCCUCUCUAAAAAUGUGAACUCCUCUUCCUUUCUGAUGGUUCACAGAGCUGCCACAGAACACCAUGUGUGUGCAGAUGGCUGGCAGGAGACAUUGAGUCAGCUGGCCUGCAAGCAGAUGGGUUUAGGAGAAACACCUGUGACCGAAUUGAUACAGGAACAGGAGAAAGACCAGCAGUGGCUGACAUUACACUCCAACUGGGAGACUCUCAAUGGGACCACUUUACAUGAACUUCUAGUAAAUGGGCAGCCCUGUCAGAGCAGAAGUAAAAUUUCUCUUCUGUGUACUAAACAAGACUGUGGGCGCCGACCGGCUGCCCGAAUGAACAAGAGGAUCCUUGGGGGUCGGACAAGUCGCCCUGGAAGGUGGCCAUGGCAGUGUUCUCUGCAGAGUGAACCCAGUGGACAUAUCUGUGGCUGUGUCCUCAUUGCCAAGAAGUGGGUUCUGACAGUCGCCCACUGCUUCGAGGGGAGAGAGAAUGCUGCAGUUUGGAAAGUGGUGCUUGGCAUCAACAAUCUGGACCAUCCAUCAGUGUUCAUGCAGACACGCUUUGUGAAGACCAUCAUCCUGCAUCCUCGCUACAGUCGAGCAGUGGUGGACUAUGACAUCAGCAUUGUUGAGCUAAGUGAAGACAUCAAUGAGACUGGCUAUGUUCGGCCUGUCUGCUUGCCCAGCCUGGAGCAGUGGCUAGAGCCUGACACGUAUUGCUAUAUCACAGGCUGGGGCCACAUGGGCAACAAAAUGCCUUUUAAGCUGCAAGAGGGAGAGGUCCGCAUUAUUUCUCUGGAACAGUGUCAGUCCUACUUUGACAUGAAGACGAUCACCACUCGGAUGAUAUGUGCUGGCUAUGAGUCUGGCACCGUUGAUUCAUGCAUGGGCGACAGUGGUGGGCCUCUUGUUUGUGAGCACCCUGGAGGACAGUGGACAUUAUUUGGAUUAACUUCAUGGGGCUCUGUCUGCUUUUCCAAAGUCCUGGGGCCUGGUGUUUAUAGUAACGUAUCAUAUUUCAUCGAAUGGAUCAAAAGACAGAUAUACAUCCAGACCUUUCUCCUAAAGUAAUUAUAAGGAUGAUCAGAGACUUCUGCCAGCUACACGAACAGAAAAUGGUCUUCUUGACUGUGAAGAGCUUUCUGCAGAGAGCUGUACAGAAGCACUUUUCAUGGACAGAAUUGCUCAACCAUGUACUGCAAAUUUGCAUGUUUGUUUUGGACUAAUUUUCUUCAACUUAUUUUUUCACCUUCAUUUUUCUCUUAUUUCAUGUUCAAUGAAAGGCUUUACAAAAAAUAACGCAAAGCAGACUUUGUUUUUUGUCUGGCCUAACCAUGACUGUAGCACAAAAUUAUCAACUGGAGAGAGAUUUAAAAUCAUGCAGGUGCUACAAUAACAGGUUAUGGAAUGUUCUCUUUUAUACUAUCACAAAAAAGAUAUCGAGAUUUAGGCUGAUUAAUUAUCUCUGCCGGUUUUUGUUUCUCAAGCUCAGUAGCAUAGUGGUAAAUUUCACUGUUAACACUGGAGACUUGCUUUUGAUUUAUUAAAAGCCAAGAUAAUUUACACGUUUAAAGUAUUUACUAUUAUUCUUCUAACGUUUGCAUAAUUCUGAGAACUGAUAAAAGACAGCAAUAAAAGACCAAUGUCAUCCAUAUAGGUAGCAAGACAUAUUGAAUGCAAGUUCUUUAGAGAUCAGUAUUAACACUUGCAUUAUAGAACCCCCAUUCCGGAUGUAUAUCAAGCUUGUAAUUUUAUAGAAGAGUUUUUAUAGAGCAUUCCCCAUAGCUGGAUUUGUUCAGUGUAUAUCAGUUGGCUGAUUGAGACUGCAACAACUAGGUUGAUAUUUAUGGGCAAUACUUUGUUUUACUUAUGUGGCAAAGAACUGGAUAGAGGCUUUGCAAAGGAGAAUUUAGAUGAGAGAUGCAAUUUUUUAAAAAGAAAAUUAAACUGCAUCUCUCACUCAAUUAAAUAUUUUUCAGUUUUCUUGCAUUCAUCUGUGCCAACAAGGUCAUAAAAACUAUAUUUUAAAGCACCGUAAAACUUUGCGUGGAGUAAAACAUUUUGUAACUUUCCUCAAAAGAUGUUUAGUAUCUGGUUUCUUCUCAAUGGUAAUUAAAAUUAUAGAGAUGAUUUUAAGCACUAGAACACUUUACGCAAAUCAAUAACUGAAGCAAUUAGUGGUUAAAAGUAUUUUUUCCCACUAAAAAUCUUUAAAACACAAAUCUUCACAUAUACCUGAUUUAAUUAGUCAGGCAUCCAUUUUGCCUUUUAAACAACUAGGAUUCCCUACUAACCUCCACCAGCAACCUGGACUGCCUCAGCUUUCCAGAGAUACUACCAGCAAUUUUAUACAUGUAUUUCUUUUUAACUUUUCUAUGUGUAAACAUAUAUGAAAUUCAAAAAAUUGUUUUAAUAAUUUCCAUAUUAUUCAUCUCCUGUCUUUCAGUUUGUAUAAACCUAAGGAGAGUGUGAAAUCUAGCAACUGAAUUGUGGUCACAAUUGUAUGAAAGUUCGAGAACAUAUGUCAGUUUUGUUAUAGUUGUAGUACAUUCUUAAGGUAUCAACUUUUAGCCUUGUUCAACUUAGGUUCAGUGAAAUAUACAUAUUAUACUUAUUUGAAAUAAUUUUUAAUACAAAUGAAAUGGUCUAAUCAUUUUUUUUUAUGGAUAUGGGUAGCAAGUCCUAGGAAAUUUUUUCUGUCUCUACAACAGCGUGCUGGCACCCUGUUUGCCAAUCACAAUUCACCUCCCUUAUAUCUCACCCUCACAGGUAUGUGCACUUUUGUUUUAGAGGACCAAUGGCUCCUUGAUUGGUCUGAAAUUAGAGGUUGCUAAUAGUCUCAAAUUGCCCACUGAGUGUUGAGUGAGAACUUCAGUCCUGGUAAGGGCGCAGAGAUCUUUAACAUCUAGGGUAAAUUUCAGGAACCCAACACAAUUAUUUUAUAAAUCUUUUGUAAUAAGGUUAUAUCCCAAAUACAUAUACUAUUAAUCAAUUUUCUUUAUCUACUGAGAGCAAGUAUAUAAUACUUGGUGAAUCUGGUGAAAUACACACCAGCUUGGGUAACUUUAUAUAAGAGUAUUGACUUGUAAAUGUCACCCUUUAUAAGGCUUCAUACAGAUUCCAACCUCCUUUGCCUAAGGUCCAGAUGUGUUUCAGAAUUCAAAAUUUUUCAAUUUUUAAAAAGAAAUACAGUUUAGCACUCAGUAAUAAAAUAUAUUAAUA